CUUUGUUACAAAUUAGUUACAGAGCACGUGGUUUUGUUUCCUACCCUCUAAAAUUCUCUCAUAACCGUCUUCGUGGUCAGCUUAGCUUCUCUCAUACAGUAUUUUCUCUGUUGCUCUGUAAUGGGGUUUAGCUACUCCUCUGCUACGUCAACUUCUUCUCCAUAUGAGGAGGCCAACUUCUUCUCAAGGUAGUCUACUUCCUCUCUUCUGGCAUAAUUCUAUGAAUGGCGGAAUGUUUGUGCAGAAGGAAUCGUUCGCCUCCACUAGGGCGUGGCCAUCUUGACUCCAUCUCCAUGGACUUGAACAGCAUCAUCGAAGAAUUAGGGAGGGUCUCUGGUGCAGUCUAUACCCUCAGAUUUGCGUGGAAUUUGGAUGAGAUGCUACUACAUACUAUAUGUUGUGAUCUUAAGUGGAGUAGUGCUUUUUUCCCCUCUACACUGUUUGGGUGUCCGUACUGGUUGGUGUCUCUUCCUGUCCAGGAUUGCUCCUCUGCAACCUCCACCGCCUCAGUAACUGAUAGGGAGAGGGUGGGAGUGGUGCAGUACCAGUUGAUGAUCACUGCCGCAUUGCAGAGACACCCCAACCAUCAGUCAGUGGGUGGAUAUGAUGAUGCUAACUUCUUAUACAUGGUCAAGCAGAAGAAAACAUCGGCCUCCACUAUGCCUUCAUGGAGUAGCCUUCUUCAAUCCAUCUCCAAACAAUAUGGAUCGUCGAUGGUAUACUCGCAAGUGCUGGAGUGCUCCGCCCUUCAUUUACUCAGCAUUUGCCGCUCUUCUUUGCAACCUCUCUGCAACUGCAAGAUCACGCCUUACGCCUUCUCCGUUGUCUUCACUUCCGAUAAUUUGAAGAGAAAUCAAGACCUUAACAGACUGGAAAUAAUCGGAAAAGAGGAGUCAGUUGCACUUCUCAAGUUGCUCAAACUUGGAGAAGGCGAAGGCAAGUCGUUCGAAUGGAUUCUCCAAGAAGAGUUCAAAUCAGAAUUCAAACCCAUUCGUUAUAUCGAAGUAUGUGCUACCCUCGCUGCAAUCCUUGAGGACACGGUACUUAAUCCCUCCAAUCGGUUGGUUCCCUUUGCAAUUGUUCAUCAAGCAUGUUCUUCCCCAACGUUUUCUUCAGAUCCAUUCCUCCCGAUUCUUAUGAAUGUAAUAGGUGGAAACGAAGGUGCACCGCUGGAUGAAAGGGGAGAAGGAUCGGAGGGUUCAGAUAUAGUUGAAGAUUUGGUCCUGUCUGACGAUUCUGACGACAAUUAUCGCGAAAGGCUCAUUCCAGUGUAUGAAGAUGGCAUAGAAGAGAAAGUUGGCGAAGUAAGCUUAAUCGAAGCUUUUGGCUACACCAGUUUUGCCAGGCAGGUGGCUCGUGCAAAUAAAGAAGAGAAUGAGCGAGGCGGGGAAGGCUGGCUAGCUGGCAUCUUCCAUGUGCUCUGGCCGUGGCCCCGGUAUGAUACAACCUAUCACGAUGUUCACGACGAAGUGUUAGAUCCUAGGAAGGUCCAUUGGCUCUCCUUUCUAAGGUCUAUCCAACUCGUUCGAGUGAAGAGAAGUUAUAUGGAUCCUGUUGGCCAAGUAAUACGGGUUCGGUUCUGGAGUCUGGAAAAGGUGGAUGAAGUCGUGAUGCAGAGAAAGUAUAUCCAUAGCCGGAGGGAUUUCGUAGCCGUGCUGCAUAUGACUUGGGCCGCCUGGAAAGAUCAAGAACCCAGCUAUCAAUGCCCCGCUGAGGCCGUGGUUGAUGGGGGGCGAUUGCAAUAUCUCCGAUCAAACCUCAGUGAGAUCCCUUUUGAGUUGGAGGACGAUAGAGAAGACGACUCGGAGGAUCCUGAGUGGGACUCCUUCUUCGCGGCAGUGUCCUUGAUCAUAUGCACCACAACUGAUACCCCGUAAUUGACAGGAAAAGGAAUGGAUCGCCUAUGGACAACUAUCACCUUUUCCUCUAUUUUCUUAAUUUUCCGUGACAUUGCAAUAAAAGGUGGCAUGAACACUCUUGUUUGGUUUAGAAUGUUUGGUUAAUGUGUCUUCCAUAACUUCUUCCUAUCGAUCAAAUUGACGUGCAAACUUGAUGAUUUCAAAUAUAUCCUCUUGUGAUAUACUACGUAUUUAAUUUUGUCUAAGUUAUUUAUGCUUUAGGA